GCUACGUCACUUCCUCUUUAAACAUGGCCGCGCGCUGACAAAUGUCAUAUUUCUCCUGUGGCUGUAAACAUUCAGUUAUUAACGUUUAUUUUUAUCAGCUUUCCAUCAAAAAAUAAAGAAGGAGAAAGCGGUGAAUAUCCUUGAUUCACUCCGUUCAACAUCGGCAGCGGUAUUUUGGUAAUUUUUUGCUCGGUUCUAAAGCGCACUAAGUUGGGUAAAAGUGUCAGAAGUUGCAGGGUAAUCGAGCCAACACCAUGGUUCAUGUAUCAUCUCUCCUGCUUAAGAAUUACCACGGAGGUUACGUUGUCAUCCGAUUGGCUCUCGCAGGCCACAAACAAGCCAACAGACCUUUUUAUCGAAUCGUGGCAGCUUAUAACAAAAGGGCAAGAGAUGGAAAAUACAUAGAGCAGCUGGGCACCUACGACCCCCUCCCCAACAUCUACAAUGAGAAACUUGUCAGCUUCAACUUCGACCGAAUCAAGUACUGGAUCGGCUGCGGCGCACACCCUACAAAGCCAAUUUCUAAACUUCUAGGGUUGGCAGGAUUUUUCCCUCUGCACCCAAUGACGAUAACAGAGGCAGAGCGUCAGAGAGCACAAACUGAGCCGAUAGCAACAGGACCCGAAGAUGAUCUACAUGAUGGACAGAAGGAGGCUGAAGUGUGAUAAUUAAAGCUGGGAAUAAAAAGGAUGAGUUAUUUGGAGAACACUGAUUGAUGUAUUUCAUAACUUUCUUGAAAGAAUGCCAGAUUAAGAUAGUGUUGUUGUAGUAGUGGCUAUCGACGCUUCUUUUUAAAACUGAUUCUCAAAAAAAAGCUAUUGUUUCAUGCUAUUGAGGGAGGAGGUCCGUGACAGAUAGUUGUGUGUUUAAUGUAUAUGACUUAAAUAAAAUGAUUCAAUAUUAUUCCAUUUCGUUGUCGUUCAAGCAGAUUCUUUUUACAUCUUACUUCGUGUAUCAUUUUCAAGACCUUUGAUGGAAAAAAUAUUUUGUUUACUUUGAACUUGUCUCAUGAAGAGUGUCAUUUUAAAUUGUUAGGUGUGGGUUUUUUUUUCUAUUUAAAAUGAAUAAAAAGGAAAUGGUCUGUGGGCUAAGCCAACAUAAAAUAAAUGACUUGGCUUUGUUUAAACUGUAUAAAGUUCCUGUGCCUCAACAAUCCGCACAUUCUCUACACAGUGAAAAAUUUGAGAUUACAAAAUGUUAAUAUUUGAUUUUUGGUUUAUUGUAUUGCUUUUGCCAAAAAUAAAAUGCAGUUAAACAAUGA